ACGACGACGACGACGACGACCAGCGCUCGCGCUGUCUGCGCAGCCGCAGUGAAGCGGCGCCGCCCUGCGCAUGCUCGGUGUCUUCCCGCGCGGGCGCGCGCGGCGGUUGGUGCGCGGCCUACUCUGUCGGGCUUCGCCGACCAUGAGGGGCAGUGAAGCCGGCGGCCUAACGCGUCCGCUCCGGCUCGCCGCCCUCGCCAUCAUUCUCUCCGCUGUGCCAGGCAAAUCUGAUGAGUUCAUUAAAACCACAGACAAUAACAAUGAACUCUCCGGACAUCAAACCAUCACACAAAUUUAUGGCAACAGCAACAAACCAGUUAAAGUUUAUGUGAAGAUGUACACUGAUAGUCCAUCGCUUCUCUGUACAACUGAGGAACUGUCAGAAAAAGAAUUAGUAGAUCCAUAUUUCAUAUGGGUGGGUCCAACAGGAAGAAACAUUAAAGGGGAGACUUACGCUAGGAUAUCUGUAACAGGACGACUUAUACUGAAAUCCUUUGACAAGUCCAUGUCAGGAGAUUACACAUGUACAGUAUCCUACAAGGAUGUGGAUUCAAAUAAGGAAAUAUUUCUCGAUAUGAAAUUCUCAGUAUAUGGCUAUCGUGAACCAGACAAUUCGUAUACAUUUUCAACACGGUAUCACACCAAUGAAUGCCAUGAUCCCGCCAACAAUCACUUCUUUCGGAAGCUCAAGUCAGUGGAAAAGGAGCUAAUUGCGGACCUGACCAGUAGAAUAACUGAUGUAGAAAUGAAAUGCCAUGUUGUCAAAGUACCACGUAAAGGAUUAGUAACUGAACUCUUCAUUAUGUUUAAACUGGAUCCUUUUGGCUAUGGAUGGGAAGAAAUUUGCAAAAAACUCGUACAUGAUUGUGAGGAUGAAACAAACAGGAGGGUAGAGAAGGCCCGAGGUCGUAUUGAGGCUUUCUUCAAGAAACAGAGUAUUGCACUGGACCUUAUGAAGGAUAACAUGCCUACAUUUUACUACAUUGAAAAUUCUCUGAAAACAACGCGAGUGGAUCAUUGUCGGCCAGGAUUUGGGAAAAACAAGUUAACCCAUUUAGAUUGUGCCGAGUGCUGUGUGGUUUGUGAUCACGGAAUGUACAGUCCCACCAAUGAUGUAUACUGUAAACCGUGCACCAGUGUCAAGAUUAAUUACUACGGAGCAACUGCCUGCUAAUCACAUCCGUCCUCUUUCAAUUUUAUAUUCAUCUCAACCACUGAUACUGCUCUCCAAACAAAAUUAAUUUCACCCAGUCAUAACAGUAAAAUUGCAUUAUUGUCUUACAAA